AUGUUGGGGCCUCACUACCUACACAUUGGAGACACUCGACCAACAGGUUGGUAUACAAUAAAAUUUUACAUUGUGAUAUUGCAGACUAUGCUUGCAAAGGCGGUUGCAACAGAGUGCAAGACCACAUUUUUCAACAUUUCAGCAUCAUCUGUUGUCAGCAAAUGGCGCGGUGAUUCGGAGAAGCUAGUUAAAGUGUUAUUCGAGCUUGCUAGGCAUCAUGCUCCUUCAACUAUAUUUCUUGACGAAAUUGAUGCAAUCAUUAGUCAACGUGGUGAAGGACGCAGUGAGCAUGAAGCAAGUAGGCGUUUGAAAACUGAGCUACUCAUACAGGUAAUAUUUGGUUUGGAUAGUGCAUCUAUGUAG